AUGUUGCGAAGUGUGAAAGGUAUAGAGUGUCUUUUUACGGGAAAUGUGACGGCGCUCUGUGCGACCCCCAGGAGGAAACACUCCCGUGCGACGACUACACAUUUAGAUGAAGAACCCUCAUCUCACAUGGAGGAUGUGGGGAAAAAAGGUGGAGGCGAGAAAACAAAGGGGGGAUCUGAGACUUCAGAGGAGAGUUUUGGGAAGCGUUUAUUCACAUCGUGGCAACAAGGCGUGGUUGCUAGUAUUGGCGCAGUGAUGGGUAUAGGUGCCAUUGGUUUUUUUCUUUACGCCCCGGUGAAGGAGGACACGGUACAUCAUACAGCAGUUGUGGCGUCGGAAGCACUGGGCGAUUUGCGUCUACGUGAGCAGGCCAUACAACUCUCAAAAGGGGUUGUGGAAAAUGUGUUGACUGAUCCCAAGUCCCUAGACCUUGUCGUGCGACUUGUGGUGCAGGUUCUAAGGCAGGAUGACACUAGGAUUGCUGUAUCCUCUUUUCUCCGUUCCCUCUUUGAGGAUCAUUACACCCAAGAGGUGACUAAAAAGUUUGUCUUGAUGACUAUAUUGGACCCGUGGAUUCAAGAGCAGCUGCGUGGCAUAGCGAAGGACCUGGCAAACGAUUUAUUGAAUGAUCCAGAAGUAAAGAGGGCACUCGUUAACCUCCUUACCGAUUCCGCUACCACUUCGCUACGGGAUGAAGAACUACGCUACGGUGCCGCACGUGCUAUGAGAUCUGUGGCAAAGCGCACAAUUAACCCAUGGUCUUGA